UCUUCAUUAUUUUAAGGUUAAUUUUAUUUUAUUUCACAUAAAACAAACACUAACUAUGAUGCUUUUCUUAUUAUAUUCAUACUAAAGAUAAAUACAAAGUAAAAGUAAAUGACUGAAGUUGCUCUAGUACAAUUAUGCAAGAAAAAGUAAAAGUAAGCAUUGAUUAAGUAAAAGUGCCUCAAAGAGUCAAAGAACCAAAGGGAUGAUAGACUUUGAGGUUUUGUUUGUGAGCAUUCAAUUUAGUGUUGUAUAGUAAUUUUUCAUUUGGUUGAUAGAGAAGAGAAGAAGAUGGCUUAUGUUCCACCUCAUAAGAGACCUUCAAAGAACAAUGAGAAGUAUUCACAGAACCCACCAAAGCCAGAGCUGCCUCCUCCUUUGUUCAACAAAAAUCUCAAACUCGAGUCUCUUGGAACUGCUGCCCACCAAGACAUGGCUUUUGUAUACGAGGAUAUAUUCAGAUGGUUCGCCGUUGGUUUACAUGAUCAUAAUCACUUUCCACCUUCUGUUCAUCUUCAACCUGUUUCUGUGGAAUCCCUGAACUGGAAAACUGUAAAGCGUCAAGCUUUAAUUAACAGUGAUCUAAUCGAAGAAAGUAGCAGCAUAGUAACUGAAAGCUUUGCAAGGAGACCAUGGGAAUACAUUGCAGAAACAGUGCUGCCAGACUUGGUUUCUUCUUUUGAAGAUUUGAGAGGAGAAAUUGAGUCUCAAAAGCUUGUGGAAAUUAGGCCAACUAUAAUCAUUAGAUUUGGCAAAGUUAUUUUUCGUGGUAGGCCUUUAGUUAAUCAAAAAUCUGUGACAACAACAAAAUUGCUUUCCGAAGACACACUAAGACCGAUGAGAAGUUCAUUUUACACAACUGUUCCUAAUUCAUAUGUGGAAUACAUAACAAAGGAAGCUGGCUCAAAGAAUGGACUUGAAUUUGAAAAGGACAAAGAAGCAUAUCUUGUAUUUCUUUCUGAUGCCAGUCAGUCUGGAGAAAGCUUGUUUUGCAAAUGCAGGGUACUAAAAGAAGAUGGAAAGCUUCAAAUAUGCAAGAUUAAACGCUCCUACAUGCGACACAUGCUCAGAGACAUAUCUUGCCUCGAAAAGAAUUUAGACAUGAGGCUGGAUCUAUGCACCAAAAGAACUGUCACUGCUCUAACUGAUGAUGACAAGCAAAGCAUCAAUGAAAUAAUUGAUUCUGCUAUUUUAGACAGAGAAGUUAAGGGUGGACUGAGAUGGCCCUUGGGGAAGUCAUCAGUUUCUGGAGAUAAAUUUGGUGUAACUUCAGUCUGGCAUGUAACAAGCAAAACAUACAAAAAUCCAUCACUGAAGCUGAAGAUCAAAAAUGUUGAUCGGUAUAGAUUUAUUUCAUCAUCUGGACAAGCUACAAGGGAGGUUGUUGUAAUGUUAAAAGGAGUAGCUUCAGAACUAAUGAAAGAAGAGGUUGAUAUAAAUUUCACUAGUGAGAUGUUCAAGGACAAUUUGAAGGUUCUAUGGAACAUCUUUCUUUGCUGUGAACGCUUUCCAUGAUGAUGUUUCAUGAUGUAAAAACAUCUCUCUCUUGUUUUCAUUUGAACAAAGUGAAGAAGCCUUUGCCAAUGUUUAGUACUCUGCUGUAUAUAUAAGAUUGUAUUUUAUCAUAUAGAACUAUGAGAUGUUUGGUUUCGCUUUGCAUGUAUUAUAUGAUAAGGUGGAUCUUCUUUCUAAGUUUAGUAAAAGCAGGGUUCAUCUUGUGAAUCUCAUCAAUAUAAACGAAGACUUUGUUAAAUUUAGGAUCG